AUGAGUCGUGUGAAACACCGUCGCCUUCUGCAUUUGAUGUUCAGAGCUGCUCAAAUCGUUGUGCCAAAAUCGAAACGGACGGAACCUUUCGAUUACCUACAAAAAUACAAAUGCUGUCCGCCGCCUAUAUUUAUGCUUAUUGUAAGUAUCAUCCAGGUAGGCAUCUACGUCUACUAUACCGUUGAGUCGGGAGAAGGAGUGAGCAUGACGGGACCAGUGCCCACCAAAUCGCCUCUUAUAUUCAAUCCAUAUCGCAAGAGUGAAGUAUGGCGAUUCGGCACCUACAUGUUCAUUCAUAUCGGAGGCUAUCAACAGCGUUUCCUUUUUGAUCUUCUUUAUUUAGGAUCGCUGCUGGUAACAGCCGUAGACCGUCAUGUAUUCCUAGCAGGAGCGUCUGGUGGCGUGUAUGCUCUUCUAGCAGCACAUAUAGCUGAACUUGUUAUGAAUUGGAACGAGAUGGAGUUUAACUGGGCGCGUGCUUUGGUUCUGGCAAUUCUUAUUGGAUCAGAUGCCGGGGUUGCAGUUUUCCAGCGAUAUUUCGUGGAUAGAACGGAUAAGGUCUCAUACGUAUCGCAUAUUGGAGGUUUCGUUGCGGGUGUGCUGUUAGGUAUUGUUUUACUACGAAAUUUUCGCCGACAUCAAUGGGAGGGUAAUGUGUGGUGGACAGCUCUUGCCCUCUACACCUUCUUCAUCGCCGUAUGCAUCGUUCUUAUUAUCGCUCCAGACUUUAUUAAGUUUUAA